UCUGGGGUUGGUGAUAUUUGGUUUUAUCUUUGAUGUCUUAUUAAAGGUGAAAAGGGAGCAGGGAGAUAAUAGGAGAAAAUGACCUGUAGAUGUCCAACGAGAAGACCUACACCAUCAACACAGUUGAGCUACAUUUGAAAGCCCUGGUGCAAGGUUAUAGCCUCUUGUAUUGUUUCCUUCUCUGCACUUCUCAUCAUUGUAAUUUUCAAUCAGGGCCUCAGUACCAGCUCAGACCAUGUGGGCCGUGGAUGAGAUUGCUCAGCUGUGUUAUCAGCACUAUGAAAUCAGGCUACCCAAGCAGGGGAAGCCAGAGCCAAACCGAGAGUGGACAUUACUUGCAGCCAUAGUGAAGAUACAAUCUAUCGCUGACCAGGCCUGCAACUCCUCUGACAAACCCGUGCGAGUGACAAAGGAAGUCGUCUCAAUGGGAACGGGAACGAAAUGCAUAGGCCAGUCCAAAAUGAGGAAGAGCGGAGACAUCCUCAACGACAGCCAUGCUGAGGUCAUAGCCAGGAGAAGUUUCCAAAGGUAUCUUCUCCAUCAACUCCAGUUGGCAGUCUCACCGAAAGAGGAUAGCAUCUUUGUCCCAGGAACUCAAAGAGGACUGUGGAAACUCAAACCAGACCUCUUUUUUGUGUUUUUCUCCAGCCAUACACCCUGUGGAGACGCCUCCAUCAUUCCAAUGCUUGAGUUUGAAGAUCAGCCUUGCUGUCCUGUCGGCAGAAAUUGGAUCAACAUCCCUUCAGUAGAAGCCAGUGGUAACCUGGAACCUCAUGAAAAUAAAAGAAAAUGUGAAGACCCUGACAGCCCUGUAACCAAAAAGAUGAGGCUUGAGGUUGAAACUCCAGCCAGGAAAGUCACCAACAGUGCAACUCACCAGCAGAGUUUGGGAGAGCAGGAAAGUGGCCAAAUCCCACCAAGUGUCAGGAGCGCUAAUCUCACUGCAGAGGGGCAGCCUGCCAUGACUGGAAUGGCCCCUGGUGGUGCCAAAGUGGUAGACGUUUACAGAACUGGAGCCAAGGCUGUGCCUGGAGAAGCUGGAGACUCGGGGAAGCCUGGAGCUGCAUAUCACUGCGUGGGGCUGCUCCGAGUGAAGCCAGGCCGGGGAGACAGGACUUGCUCUAUGUCCUGCAGUGACAAGUUGGCACGGUGGAAUGUCCUCGGAUGCCAAGGGGCACUGUUGGCACACUUCUUAGAAGAGCCCAUCUACCUGUCGGCUGUGGUCAUUGGGAAAUGCCCCUACAACCAGGAAGCCAUGCAGAGAGCACUGAUUGGAAGGUGUCAGAAUGUCUCAACUUUACCCAAAGGCUUUGGAGUUCAAGAGCUGAAAAUACAGCAGUCAGAUUUACUGUUUGAACAAAGCCGCUGUGCCGUGCAGGCGAAAAGGGCUGACAGCUCAGGCCGGCUCGUUCCUUGUGGGGCAGCCAUCAGCUGGAGUGCAGUUCCUGAACAACCACUGGAUGUUACUGCCAAUGGCUUUCCACAGGGAACAACAAAGAAAGGAGUCAAAAGCCUUCAGGCCAGAUCCCGAAUCAGCAAAGUGGAACUCUUUAGAUCAUUCCAGAAACUGCUAAGCAUUAUUUCAGAAGACAAAUGGCCAGACUCCCUCAGAUUGGUGGUUGUGAACUGCAGCUCCAUGAUUUAAAUCGCUCUCCAAACAACAGGAAUGUAGGGACCUAUAUAACUCCUGUAAAACCUUUAGGAACAAGUGGUUGGGAAGCUGGAGAGGCUGGCCACUUGUUACCACCAUCACGCCUAUUGAAGUCAGUAUUGAUGCCAUCCCGGCUUCUGUAGUGAGUUUGCUUUUUUCUUGUCUAGAAAACUGAAUCAAAUGAACUGGAUGGGUUUCCAUACAUUCUGUGUGUCAAAU